GAGAUGUGGUACUGGGUUUUCCUCUGGGCUCUCUUCUCCUCUCUCUUUGUCCAUGGUGCUGUGGGAGUAUUAAUGUUUGUGAUGCUGCAGAGGCAUAGGCAGGGGAGGCUGAUCUCUGUCAUUGUGGUCAGCAUUGGAUUUCUGGGUUCUAUAACUGGAGCAAUGAUAACCAGUGCUGCGGUAGCUGGAAUUUACAGAGUAGCAGGAAAGAAUAUGGCUCCCUUAGAAGCUCUUGUCUUUGGUGUUGGACAGACAGUACUGACAUUAAUUAUCUCAUUUUCAAGAAUUCUUGCAACGCUUUGAGACUUAUAUAGAAGGGGGGAAAAAACCCUACUAGUUCAAAGAAAUCUGAGGAGAAGCUUCCUGAAAGUGGAUUCAUCAGCUUAUGAACUUGAAUUCUAGUGCAAGAGAAAGGAAGCUAUGUGGAACGUGCACUACAAAUCUAGAGGUUCAGUCAAGUGAGCAGACUGUCCUCUAGCGUCUGAACUGUUGUACUUCUGCACUGCGCCUUAUGUGCCUCAGUCGCAGGCAAGGUGCAAUCCAUGUGUGUGAACUUGAGAUAAAGCACCUUGAAUAGCUGCCAGUCAGGUUAAAGCUUGGUGAUGGGAUCGUUGUUCUUAACAGUGUUGUAAUAAAACAAAGGGAUGCUCCUGGAAAUUGCUGUAUGUGCCAAACUUGAAGUUAAAUUCGUAACUGUUGUCUGGGUAAGCUCUGAAAUUGUAAUUAUAGAAGAAAGCUGUGAACGUACACUCCACUUGAAUUCAGGUAAAAUAGCAAGAUUUCUGUAUUAGCAGUAUCUCUCUGAAUGUUGAAUAUUCUUAUUCAGCAUUCAAAACAGCUGUUGGGUCUGUUUCAAAGCCCAGAUGAAUUUUGAUGGGAUUUAAGAACCACAGCUUUAGCAACCCUUAUGUAAUUAGCACUAUGUGUAGAAUGGCUCAUGGCAGUUUUGUGAAGCUCAGCAUAUAAUUUUAUCCUGGUUUUAGCUUGUCAGAAAUCAGUAGUUUAAGGAGACUGUAUGAGGGUUACUAAGUACAAUCUGUGGUGUAUGCACGAACAAAUCUUAAAUUAAUGUUUUCCUUGAAAUUAUUUUGUCUUAAGCAUACAGCUGGUUACCAGACCUUCUGAAAACCUCAGAAAGGCUACUUGUUGCAAACAAGCUCCCUAUAUUUAUUUAAGCAAGCUCCCUAUAUUUAUUUAAGCACUGAUAGGACUCUUAACCCUACAUGUAUUCUUUAAAGAACACACAAAUGUAACAGACUUUAAGAGCAUACACCCAUGAAGAAAAUGGAAAGGGAUGAAAAUAGGAUGUACUGUUUAUCUAUAGAACAAAAAUGUUAAGUUUAAAAUAGUUACUGUACUCCAAAACUUUGGAAGCAGGGCAGCACUAAUGUAUUUACUACCUUGUUUCUGAACACUUUGUAUCUUUGGAAAGAUUAAGAUACCUGAAACUUUCAACGACUUAGCUUUCAGUAGAGUUUGUGCUUUUCUAGUUUUAAAGGGACAGUAGUGUUGUACAUGUGAAAUGUCUUAAAUGUAAAUAUUUUGGAGUGAAUAGAAAUUUCAAGUCUAAUUACGAAUUAUAUAUGAAAUGCAAAAUUUAAAGGGCACAAAGUUCUAUGUGAGGAAUAAGGAAUCUUUUAAAUCUUUUCUCAACUGAAUGCUUUUCAGCAGCCAGUUUUUAAUGCUGACAGGAAGAGUAAAUUACUCGAAGGUUUUGCUGUUCAGAUGUCAAAAAGACUUUCAGGACUGUUGAAACCACUGGCACCUACUGCACAACUGAAAGAGUAUGGUUAAAAUAUAAUUUACAAUCCAGUCAUAUUCCUUUUAUAAGUAUUAGAAUGAAUUAACCUGUAUGCCUUUAUUUUACUCCACAUAAACUGUUGUUUGGUUUUUUUGAAGUGCUAAGAAUGCUAAUAUUUAUUUUCUUUAAAAGUAUUUAAGUCUUGUUUGGAAAAUGUACAAAGCUGCAGUCUUUGCAGGGAACAAGAUAAAAUAUAGGUUUAUGAACCUUUUCAGUGUUAUAUUUUUGGAUUUGAAUUGCUUUAAAAUGUGGCUGAAUGCAUAUAUUCUCAUUAUUUUUGAAUGUCUUUCAAAAACAUUUAUUUUUCAUGGUUUGGGUUUUUUUAUCUUGUGGCUUUGUCAUUCUGCUGAUACUUUCUAACGGAACAAUCAUUGCACUUUAGACAAUGAAAUUACUACAUCUGUAAAAGGCAAUUUAAACCUCCCAUUUUCUUAAAUUAUGAGAACUGGUUUCAGGUACUUAAGUCAAAUUGAAUAAUAAAAUAAUUGAAGAUAUUUCUCCUAAUGUGCCUUGUUACAUAUAUUUUUAAGGGAGAGGAUUUCUUUUUUAAAAAUUUCCAUAUCUUCAUGCUCAUCCUAUUUUUACUAUUUCUAAUUAAUUUGGUUAUUUGAUAUAAUGUCUUACUCAACAGACAUUAAAACAUUUCUGUUUGACAACCUGGAAAUCCUUGUCUGGAUCAAAACCAACCGUUUCAUGAAGCACUGUACUCAGUAAUUUAGAUUGUGUCAUGGCUUUACCUCACACUGAAACUUCUUUCCAAAUUUCUCCAAAUUUCCUUUAGCAUCUCCCUUGUUAUUUAUUGUACAAGGCUAUUAUGCUACCACUGAUCAAUGGCUUGCAGUCUUUCACUAAGCUAAACUAUAACAGGCUAAUACUAACUUAAUGAUUAAUUUCAUUCUUUAUUUUAAUUGCAGUGCCAAUGAAAUUGUUGCUGUUCUAACUUUCCUUCUUUGACCAGGAGGCAUCUUUGCAGAUGUUAAGUUACCUUCCUCCAAAUAAUUUUUACUGCAUGGAUCACUGUAAUCACUUUUAAAACAUUGUUAGGUGCUUAGUUGUCUCUGCUUUAUAUGGCAUUAUUGCCUGGCAACAAUAAAUGCCGAAGUGGCUUUACAGAGACAAAGUUACGUAUUUGAUAGAAAAUUGUUUUUAAGUAUUUCUUGUGAGGAAUAGAUGAAGACAAAUAGUUUAUCUAUGAAGUAUUCUUUGAUCAUAGCGUGAACUUACUGCAGAAGUUCAUAACUCCAGCAGUUAGAGGAAGUGUAAGUGUCCUUAUGUCUGUGAAACUUCAAAGUUUCAUUCCACAUCCUUAGAAACAACAUUGUUAAACAUAAGGUGCUCUAGUCAGUGCAAGUCAGUGCAGUAUAUGCACAUAUAUGUGUGUGUAUAUAUAUAUGAAUGAUGGUUUUGGGGUGUGUUCUAUACCUUGCACAUACUAACAAUUAAAAUAACUUUCCUAA